CGUUCCCGACUCCCUGCCGUUGGGCCAGAUACACCAAAGGAUGUCGAAGAGGCAGUGCAAGCACCCGACGCUCGCGAGGCUGUUCAAGAUGCCACGUUCGCAGCGCGAGCUGCUGCGCAAGAAGCCGUCGGAGCUGGUAUGCACGGUCAGAUGCCCAAGCAGUCAAGCGAACAGCAAGACACGUGGGAGGAUGUCUUUGUGCGAUCUCUAGAGCGCAUGCUGCGAGCAGCCAAGGAGAGUGCAGAGGCGAGAAGGAGCGUUCGCACGCUUCUGGAGCUGUUUGAGACAUGGAGCAAGAGGUUAUCGAGCGUGCAAGAGCGCGUGGAUCGAGCGGCCAGCGUCAGCUUACAAGCUGCAGACAAUCCAAAAGAAGCGCUGCAGGAUGCGAGAGAAGAAGCGGGAACUGCUGUUCAAGCCGAGCUGCACAAUUCGCAGCUUGAUGCGGAGCUCGAUAUUUCGAACGAGAUGUGGAGCAGGCUGAACGCGCUCGGCUUGGCUGCUCGACAAACCCUGGAAGGCCUUGCGGGAGGCAAGAGCUUGCACCCUAUCGUCGAUGCGUCCACUCGAGCAAUCACGGCGCUACGAAAGGAGACGGAAACUCGGCAGUGGCUCAAGGAGCUUGGAGAUGUUGUGCGAGAGGCGAUGGGUUCGCCCGAUGCCAGCGACGAUCAUGAUGAUGAGGAUGAUGCAGACGACGACAGCGAAGCGCGGGGCACGAGGACAGGCGAUGCAGCUCUGACUGAAAAGCUUCGUGCCUUGCUUCGAGACUUUGUAGAAUUGAUCAACAAACGUCCAGAACUCAGCGCAGCACUCGACGAGCUCAAAGCUCAACUUCUCGACUUUGCCGACGCGAUUCGGUCCGAGCCUGGGCUUGCGAGUCUGGGCAGAAGAUUUGCACGUAUGGGAAAGGCUUUGCAGACGCUCUUUGAGAGCUUCGGACAGAGCAGUGCUCUGAGUCCUCAGGGGAUCAUUGACGCGAUCAGAGAUGCACCGGUUACGCGAGCUGUCAAGGCCGUGGUCAAGAGGUUGCUUCCGACUUGGCAGCAGGUGCUCAAAAGCGUGCCUCUGCCGCGUGUCGAAUUUACAAGCGAUCAGGCGGAUGCUUCCGUUGACGACAUCCGUAUCCCCGCCUUGAAUCUGAUACCCGAACACGUUGGUCUAUCUCUGCGCACGGAUUACACGUACGACAGAGAUCGACGUAGUCAUGACGUGACGACCAAUACGGACACCAAUGUCCGUUUGAGCCUGGCUGGUUUCAGACUAGGCAUCGAAGAUGUCAGCUUCUGGGUCGAAGAAAAGGGUGAGUCGAUAUAGCAUGUCGCAUCUGCUGCGCAUUUCCUGAAUUGUGAUCAUCUUCCUGUCCACAGUCACCGCACCCUCCCCUCAAGGCUGCUGUGGUCUGUGCGGCUGCUUUGCGUCCGAUGAAACUUCUUGGCAAUCUCGUCGGUGCAUCUGUCAAGGUCCAGCAGCUUGGUUUGCGUAUCGCGAAUCUGCUCUGCUGGAUUUGGGACUG